AUUGAACGACAGCAAACGGACAUUGUGUUUUGUGUGGUCACUGUGGCCAUAGUGAUGGGAAUUGAUUAUCACCUACACCACCACAGAGACAGACCGACAGACACAGAAGUGUGUGAUGUUGUAGGUGAGUAAAACAAAAUGAAGGCCUAUUCCGUGACCUUAGAUAUUUGGAAAAUGCUGGUCACAUGUUUGUCGUACAUCGCUCUAGCAUUCACGGCCUGGGUCUUUCUGCGACUCCUCAGUGCAUGCUUCUGGUUGCCCAACUUCCUCCAGAAAUACCAAAACACUUCUUUCUUGCAGAGCUGUGCUGAAGAAAUGAAGGAAGAAGACUCCAAGACCAAGUGAAAAACGAGUAUUAAACUGGUUUGGAAAUUGUGAUGGCUGCUUUAAUAUAAGUGAAGUGAUACACUAUUAAGUGUAGAAGAGAUUUUUAAAUUUGUGUUAAUACUUUUAAGUUCAGAGAAUUAGUGCCUGACUAAGGUUCCACAUCAAUGAUUUCAUUCUGACUGCUGGUUCAGAGUCAGAACUGGUUUAAUAAACAGUUUAUACCGGUGAAAAAAUUUGUUUACUCAAAUUUCUAAUUUAUUUUUAGGAUCUGAUAUGAAAUGAACAGAUAUAGUAAACAGUGAAUCAAAACAUUUAUAUUGGGCCUGUGACUUUCAAGACUAUGUGAUAGCUUGGACUAUUUUGCCUCACAACCAAUCAUACUUAUCAGUAAUAUAUACAUCAAAUAAAUCCGUUAUUGACUCGAAUAGAGUGGUCUAUCACAAUUAUUGUUACUGAUGAUCACCCAAUUUUUAAGUUGGGUAAAGUUAUGGACAAAACCAAAUACAAUGAAUCUCUCAGAAGUGAAAUGAGACCAGUGGGCUGCAGUGGACAGAGAGGCUGCCCCGCCCCAGUUCCCCGUGUACGGGUGGAGAGGGUGGAGGGCGGGCUCUUAGUGGCGGGGGUCCAGAUAGCUUCCACCUGUCAAGUGGCUCUUCCUGUCUCAGCCAUCAUAUUUUUAGUCAUCGGCUCGAUUAUCACAGUGAUCGCGUACCAAGGUCAGACACCAGAGGAGGACCAUGAAGCUUAUGUCCUGAGAGUGUCCAACAGUACGAACUCACGAGUGCUCGGACCUGUCUGCUUGGCCAUCGCUCUACUCAUGAUGCUUGCGGGCAUACUUGUCUGUCUGCUUGUCAAGUAUGCUCACAGCAAGGAACAGAAGGUCUGUUUCCAUUGUCCUAUUCAUGGUGACUUCUUCCCCAUCAUCCCAGUGCCUGUCAGUGCAGUGACACGGCACAGGUCCAGACUGUUCCGCAGGCAGAGCUCUCCUGGAGCUCCACCAGAGCCUCCACAGUGCCCCUACAGUAACCUGCUCUCAGCUCGCAACUCUGUCUCCAGUGGAGGUUCCUGUCCUGUUCCGAAGCCUUUUGUAAUCAACAAUUCCCUAAAAUGCGUGGAGUAUUUUUGGCCAUUGACUGUGACCCAUGACAUUGCCAGUUUUCCUGCUUCUCGUACACCUUCUCCAACUCCCAUCAACACUAUUACAGAUUCAGAGAUCAGAGAUUCAAAGCCUAUGUUGUCUACUGCCCUUCCAGAAGUCACGUUGGUGGCCCCUGCUACAGUCACGCAACCUCAGGUGGAACAUUGAAUCUUGGACCACUUAUGGGCUGAACUGAAGUGAAUGAACAUCAAAAUGUAGUGUUAUACUCUUGAGAUGAAUUAUACUGUUAAGAGUAAAAACCCAUGCAAUGUUGAA